AUGGAUGAUAAUGAUUUAGGCAAUAUUGGAUUUGAUCCUUAUGAGUUUGCCAAUGUGAUUGGAGAUGGAGAUCAACCCUUGUACCCUAGUAGCAAAUUAUUGAUACUUCAAGGAGAUUUGCUUCCAGAAGGAAAUACACUACCUUCCUCUAUGUGGAAGGAAGGCAAAGAUUCAAUCUUGAAAGAGGGUGUGCCAGCGAAGGUGGUAUGGUAUUUUCCUCCAAUUCCAAGGUUUAAAAGGAUGUUUCAAUCACAUAAGACAGCUAAGAGUUUGACUUGGCAUGCUGCUAGAAAAUCAGUUGACGGUCAAAUAUCUCAUCCAGCGGAUUCCCCGUCUUGGAAACUUGUUGAUGACAAAUGGCUCGAGUUUGGUAAAGAGCCGAGAAACUUGAGGUUGGCUCUCUCAUCUGAUGAAUUCAAUCCCCACAUUACAUAUAAUCUCCCACCAUGGCAAUGCAUGAAACGGAAGUUCAUGAUGUUGACCUUAUUGAUUUCUGGUCCUAAACAGCCUGGAAUUGAUAUAGACGUCUACUUAGAGCCUUUUAUUGAUGAUUUAAAAUCUAUGUGGGAUGGGAUUAGAGGAGUGUAUGAUGCACAUAUAGGAAAUACUUUACACUCAGAGGAUAUAAAGUUUGUCCAAUAUGCGGCGAUGAUACACCUAGUCACAGGUUGA